CCCGCGAGCGGGUGUCCGUGCGCCGGCUUCGCCGAGACCACAGACACCCGCCGCCGGCCGCGCAGUGCCACGCCACGCCGGACCCCGAGCGGGAAGCCAGGCUGCGCGCGUCCAGCCGCGGCGCGGGGAGAGCCCGGAGGCGGGGGCCGGCAGGAGGACAGCGGCUGCAGGGCGGCCGGGGAGCAUGCCCGCGCAGCCCAGCUGAAUGGCGCCUUCUCUGCGACCCCUCGCCGGGCUGCGACCGCCAGGGAUGCUGCGCCGCGCGCUCCUGCUCCUGCUGCUCCUCGGCUCCGGUCCAGGAGUGUGGUGCUUUAGUGAACUGUUUUUUAUAAAAGAACCACAGGAUGUAACUGUCACAAGAAAGGACCCAGUCGUUUUAGAUUGCCAGGCUCAUGGAGAAGUUCCCAUUAAGGUCACAUGGUUGAAAAAUGGAGCAAAAGUGUCUGAAAAUAAACGGAUCCAGGUCCUGUCUAACGGCUCGUUAUACAUCAGUGAAGUGGAAGGCAAGCGAGGAGAGCAGUCUGAUGAAGGAUUUUAUCAGUGCUUGGCAGUGAACAAAUAUGGAGCCAUUCUUAGUCAAAAAGCACAUCUUACUUUGUCAACUAUUUCUGCAUUUGAAGUUCAGCCAGUUUCUACUGAGGUCCAUGAAGGUGGAGUUGCUAGAUUUGCAUGCAAGAUUUCUUCAAACCCUCCUGCAGUCAUAACAUGGGAAUUCAAUCGGACAACCCUACCUGUAACUUUGGAUAGGAUAACAGCCCUACCAACAGGAGUAUUGCAGAUCUAUGAUGUUGGCCAAAGGGAUGCUGGAAAUUAUCGUUGUGUUGCUGCUACUGUGGCCCAUAGACGUAAAAGUAUGGAGGCCUCUCUAACAGUGAUUCCAGUUGAAGAGUCUAAUUCCUUCUACACACCAACCAUUAUAGCAGGCCCACAGAACAUAACAACGUCUCUUCAUCAGACUGUUGUUUUGGAAUGCGUGGCCACGGGAAAUCCUAAACCAAUCAUUUCUUGGAGCCGCCUUGAUCAUAAGUCCAUUGAUGUCUUUAACACUCGGGUACUUGGAAAUGGUAAUCUCAUGAUAUCUGAUGUCAGACUGCAACAUGCUGGAGUGUACGUUUGUCGGGCCACAACCCCAGGCACACGCAACUUUACUGUUGCUAUGGCAACUUUAACUGUAUUAGCUCCUCCUUCAUUUGUUGAAUGGCCAGAAAGUUUAACAAGGCCUCGAGCUGGCACUGCUCGAUUUGUAUGUCAAGCAGAAGGAAUCCCCUCACCCAAAAUGUCAUGGUUGAAAAAUGGGAGGAAGAUACAUUCAAAUGGUAGAAUUAAAAUGUACAACAGUAAAUUGGUAAUUAACCAGAUUAUUCCUGAAGAUGAUGCCAUUUAUCAGUGCAUGGCUGAAAACAGCCAAGGAUCUAUUUUAUCUAGAGCCAGACUGACCGUAGUAAUGUCGGAAGACAGACCCAGUGCUCCCUACAAUGUGCAUGCUGAAACCAUGUCAAGUUCAGCCAUCCUUUUAGCUUGGGAGAGGCCACUUUAUAAUUCAGACAAAGUCAUCGCUUAUUCUGUGCACUAUAUGAAAGCAGAAGGUUUAAAUAAUGAAGAGUAUCAAGUAGUCAUUGGAAAUGACACAACUCAUUAUAUUAUUGAUGACUUGGAACCUGCUAGCAAUUACACUUUCUACAUCGUGGCAUAUAUGCCAAUGGGAGCCAGCCAGAUGUCUGACCACGUGACGCAGAAUACUUUAGAGGACGUUCCCUUGAGACCUCCUGAAAUUAGUUUGACAAGUCGAAGUCCUACUGACAUCCUCAUCUCCUGGCUGCCGAUCCCAGCCAAGUAUCGGCGGGGCCAAGUGGUCCUGUAUCGCCUGUCCUUCCGCCUCAGUACUGAGAAUUCCAUCCAAGUUCUGGAGCUCCCAGGGACCACACAUGAGUACCUUCUGGAGGGCUUGAAACCUGAUAGUGUCUACCUGGUGCGGAUCACUGCUGCCACCAGAGUGGGGCUGGGAGAGUCGUCAGUGUGGACUUCACAUCGGACACCCAAAGCCACAAGUGUGAAAGCCCCUAAGUCUCCAGAGUUACAUUUGGAGCCUCUGAAUUGUACCACCAUUUCUGUGAAGUGGCAGCAAGAUGCUGAGGACACAGCAGCCAUUCAGGGCUACAAACUGUACUACAAAGAAGAAGGGCAGCAGGAAAAUGGACCCAUUUUCUUAGACACCAGUGACCUUCUCUAUACUCUCAGUGGUUUAGACCCCAGAAGAAAAUACCACGUGAGGCUACUGGCUUACAACAACAUAGAAGAUGGCUAUCAGGCAGACCAGACAGUCAGCACUCCAGGAUGCGUGUCUGUUCGUGAUCGCAUGGUUCCUCCUCCACCACCACCCCACCAUCUCUAUGCGAAGGCUAACACCUCAUCUUCCAUCUUCCUGCACUGGAGGAGGCCUGCAUUCACCACUGCACAAAUAAUUAACUACACCAUCCGCUGUAACCCUGUCGGCCUGCAGAACGCUUCUUUGGUUCUAUACCUUCAAACAUCAGAAACUCACAUGUUAGUUCAGGGUCUAGAACCCAACACCAAAUAUGAAUUUGCUGUACGAUUGCAUGUGGAUCAGCUUUCCAGUCCCUGGAGCCCUGUUGUCUACCAUUCUACGCUUCCAGAAGCCCCAGCAGGCCCACCGGUUGGAGUAAAAGUGACCUUGAUAGAGGAUGACACUGCUCUGGUUUCUUGGAAACCCCCUGAUGGCCCAGAGACCGUGGUCACACGCUAUACCAUCUUGUAUGCAUCCAGGAAGGCCUGGAUUGCAGGAGAAUGGCAGGUCCUACACCGAGAAGGGGCAAUAACCAUGGCUUUGCUAGAAAACCUGGUGGCAGGAAAUGUGUACAUUGUCAAGAUAUCUGCAUCAAAUGAGGUGGGAGAAGGACCCUUUUCAAAUUCUGUGGAACUGGCAGUCCUUCCAAAGGAAACCUCUGAGUCAAAUCAGAGGCCCAAGCGUUUGGAUUCUGCUGAUGCCAAAGUUUAUUCCGGGUAUUACCAUCUGGACCAGAAAUCAAUGACUGGCAUUGCUGUGGGCGUUGGCAUAGCCUUGACCUGCAUCCUCAUCUGCGUUCUCAUCCUGAUAUACAGAAGUAAAGCCAGGAAAUCAUCUGCUUCCAAGACGGCACAAAAUGGAACUCAACAGUUACCUCGUACUAGUGCCUCCCUAGCCAGUGGAAAUGAAGUAGGGAAGAACCUAGAAGGAGCUGUAGAAAAUGAAGAAUCUUUAAUGCCAAUGAUAAUGCCAAACAGCUUCAUUGAUGCAAAGGGAGGAACUGAUCUUAUAAUUAAUAGCUAUGGUCCUAUAAUUAAAAACAACUCUAAAAAAAAAUGGCUUUUUUUCCAAGAUUCCAAGAAGACAAAAGUUGAACAGCCUCAAAGAAGAUUUGCUCAAGCGGUCUGCUUUUACCAGCCAGGCACUACUGUGUUAAUUAGCGAUGAAGACUCUCCCAGCUCCCCAGGUCAGACAACCAGCUUCCCAAGACCCUUUGGUGUUGUAGCUGAUACUGAGCAUUCAGCGAAUAGUGAAGGCAGCCACGAGACUGGGGAUUCUGGGAGGUUCUCCCACGAGUCCAAUGAUGAGAUACACCUGUCCUCAGUUAUAAGCACCACGCCCCUGACCUCCAGUUCCUUUGCUGGCAGUGAUUCAGGUGGAGAUCCCUCAGCGAGGAAGGGUGAAGACCCUGCAGUGCCACUAGAUGCUGAGCAAAUGUCCCCUUCAGUUCUGCAGCCACCAUCGGCCAUGCUACGCUUUGAUAAGAAUGAUUUUCCAAUCUAGAGGCCAUGUUCAGGUAUUCUCGCCUUUAAGUCUGUUCGAAGGACAAUGAACAGGGAGCCAAAGCCUUUUGUGAAAAUUUGGAUGUCUUAUUGGGUAUUUCAGCUUUUUUUUUUUUGAAUGUGUUUUGUUUUUUAUUUUUAAACUCACGUAUUUUGAAUGUUUGUCAGCAAUGUGAAAAGACAGUCAAGAUAUUUGACUGAAUUAUAAAAUAUAUCACUGGAGCAAAGGGAAGACUUUUGAAAGCCCCUUUGCUGACUAUCUACCUCAGUUUGCCAGAUGGCAAACUCAGAAGACAACUUAGUUACCUCGUUUAUUGUGAUAGUUUAUCUCAGCUACAUAACCAAUGAUACUUCCUAGUAGCAUUUUGUUUUCAUUGCUGUGUGUGUAGUGUGUGUGAUCAAAGGAGUCAUAUAGGUAUAUGGGUAAGAAUGUUUAUCUGAAGCUCUGAUUUUUUUAAAGAAAGCUGUGACAUCUGCAUGGUUUGGAUAAUUUAAUACCUCUGGCUGUGCAGACUGUCAAACCACAGAGAAGAGAAAAAGUGGGACUGUUGAUUUUAAUGAAUUAUCAAAACAAAGAAAGUGUCUCUCUUUUGAGAAUAGAACUAUUCAGUAGCAUAUAGAGAAUACUAUUGUUUCAAGGGCCUUUAUGUUUUGGGCAUUAGAGUCUGAGUGCUUUAUCUGCUGUACCCCAACCUCAGCCUGCCUAGAGCCGUGCCUUUUCCCCCUUCCCCUUUGCCUGACAGUUGGCCAAAGGCCGCACUGUGUAGUUUGCAAAGCAUCCUCAACAUUUCCAGAAUUAGUUGUAAACCUCCAUGCAGAAAACAGAUUUUUAAAGAGAAUCAGUUAGGCUUUUGGUUUUGUUUUUAAUCCCACCUUAGCUUUAAAAAAAGGGGGGGUAAAGAAAUUUCAUAAAAUUUUAAGAAUAAAGAUAAAUGCAACAGUAGACCAUAAAAUGAACUAGAGGUUAUCAUGGUAACAGUGCCUUCUGUUUUAUAUUAUGAAAUUCUUUGCCUUAUACCUUUUUAAUAUUCAUGAAGUUAUUUAGUAAUACAAGAAGUUGCCUUAAGAGUUUCUUGGAUUUUAUCAGUGACUAUUUUUGAUGUAUAGCAUCUUAUCAAAGCAUUUUAGUUUGUUCUUAUGCAGGUUUUGUUUAGGGAUAAGUAUUCAGGGCUCUACCACCUUUCUUGUAUUUUCUUGAAUUCUUAAGAGAAUUUGGUACUCUAUUUAAUCUUCUUUCAGUGUCAAUGCUGUGAAUGUGGAAUGCUAACUCCAGGAGUGAGUUAAUCCUCUUGCUGGUUUGAAAUCAGCAAACUGUUUACUCAGCCACCUAGAAUAGGCCUUCUUUCAGUCAUGAGUUAGUUACCUACCAGGUACCCAACAGUGGGAGAGGAAAAAGAAUUAAACACAUGGUGUAGAAAGGGGGCCUCAUAUAUAUAUUUUUUCAUAAGUAGUUCUUCACAUUAUCUGAAAAUGACUUCUGAACCUCAUUUUAAAAGGAAUCUUAAUGGAUUUUUCCCUUGAGACCUUUGGUGUAUGGGGGUGGGGGACAGGCUAUGCUAAAUGGUGUUCUAAAAUCAAAAGAAUAUUACUGGAUAAUAGUCCCGCCUCCAUCAUCUCCUAUCCCAUUGUCUGAUGAUGCAUUUCUUCGUUUCUUAGUUUGUAGUUUUGUGCCAAACUGGAUGUGUUCAGAAGCAGACCAACAUUACGUGCCAGCAAUCACUUCUGAACUAAAUUCAAAGUCCCCAUUUAGUUAUCUAAGUCUGGGCUUCAUGGCAGAACAAAAACAAAAAAAGCAGAGCUUUAGGUGAACAAUCUGAGGCAAGGGAAAAUGCUGCUCCUGCCUUUAUAGCUCCUGUUUUAUACUACCUCCUUUUAAAGUUAUUCUAGUGUUAUUUUUUUCCUGUACUCAGGGAACAUUUUGUUACUUUUAAGCUGCCUCAUGCAAGCAUGGGCAAAUUGACAGGGUAUGGUGUCUUUUGGUUUGUAAGUAGGUAUGUGGGGCCAACUUUUAUCAGCAUCCAAAAUUAAUGAAUACAACGAGUUCAUUUUAUUUUUUAAACUUUCAUUAAAAGGCAAAUAAAAUCUAAAGUUGAAACAUCAUCCUUUAUGGUUAUGGAAGAUAUGUCCAGGACUGCAUGAAUUUGAAUCAUUUUAAAAGCCUAAAAAGAUGAUCUGAAAGCCCUUAAGUAAAGUAUUUUGUUUGGUUGGCUUUUGAUGAAUAGGCCCAUAGUUAUUGUAGAUCUUUAGGCUAUAACUAUUGGCUAAUUAUUUACCAGUACAUUUUUACUUUUUCACCUUUUCAUUUUGUUCUUAUACAGAUUUUUUUCAUAAUAAUCCUGUUACCAAAGAAUUUUCAGUAGAAGGUAAAAAUUUGAUUAUAAUUUCCCCCCAAAUUGAAUUAACUAGAAAUAUCUAUAGGUAUGAAGCUUAUGUAAGUAGUUACUAACCCAAAAUAAUAGGGUUUAUAUUGAUUGUUGUAGUUAAAUAGACUAGUAAUUUCAACUACCUUAUUGUUACCAGAGCAUUUAAAAUAAGUUCUUUACCAGCAGAUAGUUCCAAAGAAUUUCAAGUGUAAUUUUUUUUUUCUUCAGCAAAUAAAUCUUCAUAUACAGUAUUAAAGUAUUUUUAAAUUGUUGAAACUACUUGUUGGAGAGAAAAGAAAAUCUUUUCACCAAAGAUAAAUAUUUUGGUCUCAUUGAAUAAGAUAUUUAGUAUACACCAAAGACUUCUUUUUACUUGGCCAAAGCUAGCUUCUUUGAAGUCUUAAGUCUGAAACUGUAACUAAAACCUGAAGGUUCUCAUCUCUCAUAGUGGUGUUACUUCGUGGUAUUUCAUUCCAACAGGGCUGAUAUGCAAAUGGUAACUGUCUUCUUUUCCAAAGACUUACUUGCUAUAAGUACUGACACACGCAUGCCAUUUUUAUGCCAAAUAUUACAAGAUUCUGCUCAUCAGUAUUUUCAUACCAAAGACCAUUAAAAUAUAUAGAUUAGUCUGUAAGUAAAGAUGAGCAGAUUUGAAAUAAUUUUAUUUAGAGGCUGUAGGAAUCUAGCUUUAAGUAGCAAAAGAUAUCAAAGGGCUAAGUUUACAUAAUUAAAAGCAAUACGAUUAUGUUGGUAUUUAUCAGUGUUUUUAUUCAAGUACUUUUUAUCAGCAAAUUAAAAAAAAAACCAAAGAUAUUUAAGGUUAUCUCCACAUAUAGACAUUUGUUUGUACAUUAAACUGUUGUUUCUUGUUUUUAUGUCAACCAAACAUGUCUCUCCAGAACCCAGUCUGUAUCCAAAUAGCAUACCUAGGGACUUUCCAUUAAAUCUGCUGAUUCAGCCACAGGAUGUUUUUGCCAAAUGAUGUGAUUUCUUUCCUAAUCACCUUGAGUGUGAGAUGUCAACAGAAAUCUCAGCAAGUUUUUCCAUUCCAGAGCAUAUGGCAAUCCCUGAAUUAGCCUGUACAGUCUUCCUCUUGUUAAAGCAUUACCUGGUUAACUCAGAGGCUUGGGGCAGUCCCUUAAUAAUAGGGAUGUUCUCACCUGUGGGGAGCAGUGGGCUAUAUAAGCCAAGAAAUCAUAUCACUGUUUAAGUGAGCGUCCUUUGAUAGCUGUUGAAAGUUGUCCAUAAGUUGAAAUAUUUUAACUGCAUCAAGGGAGCCUAGGAUAUUUCAAAGUUUAGGGGAACCCUAGAUGAAACCAAAAUUUUUUAAAUGAAAUCUGUAGUUUUAUAUUUUGAUUAGCCUAAAAGCAAGGACACAGCUUUAUCCACUAAGUAGCUUAUAAAAAAUCUGCUUUGGCACACCAGGGCAAUUAGAUGCUCAGUGAAAUGCCUUUAUUUGCCUUUGCUUCAAACAAGAACAGUGCCAGCAUUGGAAACAAUAACAGUGAUUUGCAUUAGUUUGUCUAGACUUUGUUAAGGACUUCUGCCAGAAACUUGCUCAUGUUGACUACUCAGGAUCAUUUGUCAAGUCCAUAUGAAGACACCUUUGAGGAGUGUCACAAAAAAAAGAUGAAAUUGAAAGUAUCUUUGUCUGUUUUUAAUGCAAGAAUAUCCAGAUGUGGUUCCACUUGAGUGGUGGCUACUGUGAUUCACAUAUGUUUAUAUUUCAUUGAAUGUAAAUUUUUAAUACUGAAUGUAAAAGAAAAAGUUCCAAAUAUAUGGAAAAGAGUCAUGAUCUUUCUAAGACUAAACAUAUAUUUUGUAAACUUUGUUCCUGACAAUAUUUCACAUGGAUCUCUGGUAAAAUUGCUUUGGUUUAAUAGUCAAAAUAAUUUUUGUGGGUUGUGAGCACAGAGUAAAGGGUUCUGGAGAUCACCAUAUACAACCACUUGUCUAAAUGUGACUUUUAUUGAUGUUUAGAAGAACACAUACAUAGAAUUCUGUGUUAAGUUGAUUUAUGCUCAGGACAUAAGAUCACAGGCUAAUGCAAUGUGUAUGUUUGCAGGCUUUAAUCUUCUCAGGCAGUUUCCCUUUUUAUGCCUUUGAAAGUGUUUAAGAUUAUGACAGUCUUGCAUUUUUAUCAGAUGCUGUAUUUUCUUAAGGCUGCUGUAACAAAUUACCACAAAGUUAAUGGCCUUAAAACAACACAAAUUUAUUAUCUUACAGUUCUGUAGGU